CUAGUUCUGGCCCUCGCUUCAUUUCUGCUCAAGUUCAUCCGUCGAGGACCCGACCUUCUGGAUUCCUUCGGCACGCUGCUGAAAGACAGCAAAUGCGUCGACCUUCCGACAUCUCCGUCGCUGGAAGACGCAACCCUGAGAUCUCGCUCGCUCAAGGAUGCGGUGGUGCUGUUUGGAGACGUGCGGCCCCAGGCGGAAACCGGCUACGCAGCAUUC